AAUCAUAAGCAAUUCAAGUGUUCUAACAAUCAAACCUCAGUUAGCUGAAAUCUAACCAGAAAUCCCAACAAUGAAGUUUAUCAUUGCCGCUGUUGUUCUCACCCUGGCUGUAGCCUCGGAAGCUAGUUGGCCUGCCGGCCCAUGGGGACCAUGGGGAGCUACCGUUGUUCAGGCCAACGCUCCAGCUUGGCCAGCAUGGCCAUAUGCCGGAGCCUACGGAGCGUGGCCAGCAGCUGCCGCCCACUGGGGUGGUGCCUGGCCUGCUGCUGCCCACUGGGGAGUCCCAGCUGCUUCAGUUGCCCACCAUGCCGGAGUUGUUCCCGGUGCAACCUCCGUGACUGCUAACCGUGGUGCCGUCCAUGUUGCCCCUCUGCCCGGACACGCCAUUUCCCAGAAGCAGCUGAAUCUGGCUCCAGCUCCAGGAACCAUCUAAGAUACUCAACAGCCCGAUCUAUCUACCCUUCCACUUCCACCAAUCCAACGCGAUGAUCACAACAGGAAAAUGCUCAAUUGACUCAACCCUUCUGAAACCAAUAGAUCUACAACUGCCAUGCUUGAAAACGCUGAGCCGAAACCGAAGUUCUGUGUUGUACGUUUUAAUGUGAAUAGCUAGAGGAACACUAUUUAUCGGAUGUAAAUAUAUGUACUUGACUA